AUGAUUGUUCGGAACGCGGCGAGAUUUCAACCCCUGUGUCAUACUACGUUAUUAUUGGUCAACGCAACGUCUCUCGGUUUAUCGCCCUAUCGCCAUCAUUGGUUCCAAAAUGAAAAGUCUUGGCUGACUUUUGCGUUCGGGUUAUUUAGUAGCUCAUGGCAGUCUGUUGUUGCAGGGAAAGGGAGCAUUGUAAUUCAAUGA